AUGUCCGGAUUACCAACCGAAAUACCAAGAGAGCAGCCUUCCCCAGGGAGCAUCGCCCAAGUAAGGCAUGUCGAAUAUCUGGAGUCGGACUUCUCACCAAACCAGAGAACAAAUGACAAUAUCUCCUCGCCCGGCGGAAGUGGUCACUCGCCUGAUGACUCUCCCUCCCAAGCCCGCGCAAUGAGCCCCAGUGACGAUGGUGACAACAGCUCAGCCAUUGGCGGCGAUCCUCCAACCCCCAACGCACCCCGGAACGCCAACAAUGUCGAGCCCAGAAUCGCGGGUGUUUCGGGCAGUGGAACUGAGACAUGGGAUGAGGAUAACACUGUCAGCGGGAAGCCUUCUUCUCCUCUCGUAUACGCUACAGUCGACGGAUCAGCGGCCAUCGGCUCUCAAUUUGACGUCCCCAGCCCUCCUGUAGGCAGCUCCUCCCCUCCGAUACGGCCUCCUUCCUGGAGAGCACGACCGGCCUCCCCCAGUACAGGUAACGGUGUCAGAACUGCUCAGUUCACAGAGCCGCGCCCAUCUUUCAGGCCUUUUCGAUCAGGACGAGAAGUGAGGUCUCCAACGCCGCUGGCAAGGGGCGCCCGUCUCGGUUCUCGGGGCUUUCAGACCGGAAUUGGUAGGUCACAGGACUGGAACGGAUCUCUCAAUCAUGCUGGAAGAGGGAGGUCUGAUCUCGCGAGUUUCGUCCAGGGGAUAAAGCCUGAAUUUGCCUUGGUGCUAAAUGGCGGGCUCCCCAACGGCGUCGUCACCCUGAAGGAGGCCCAGCAAGGAAUGAAAAACCAGCGAUUGAGAAUCAUGCCGCAUCGGGCCAGUCGGUCAGAUCGGAUCUUGCAUCGCGCAGAUGGAUUGGCGGAAGUCGUCGAUGAAUUCAUUUCGAGCCUUCGAUCGGCGGAUCCCGCGGUGGCCGAUUGCUCGACUAUCAUGUUCACCUCGUUCAAACAUCUUACCCUUUUAAUUUCUAGGCGGUCCAACUCGGCUGUACUCGAGGAGGCAUUCAUCGCGUUGGACCAAGUGGCAUUGAUAUUGAAGCAUUUCGCCCAGCACAUGCACUGUUCUUCAAGGAUUAUCUCCGAUAUCUCUAUUCAGGCCCUUAUAUUGCUAGUCAAGCUUGAUCUAGAAAUUUUAAAGACUGUCAAGAAUACGAGGUCCUCGGCGGCAAUUGAAUUUGGGCCACCAUUCGAAAUUCACCUGAAGGAAUUUCUUCAAAUCGAGGACAAGUUCUCUACCGAAGUCUGGCGGGUCACUAUCGAGCGCUCCCAAUUUGGCGACAUCCAGGGUACCAGUGUUGAGACCAUUCGUAGCUGGUUGUCUGUCGAGGAGAGAAAUGAACAGAUAACGAAAUUUCAUGGCUUCUCCUCUAUAGCCUCCCCAGGAACAGAGCUGCCCCUCAGAUGGCUGUCUGACCUAACGACUAAGUUCUGGCAGAGCAGUGAUUCCAUGCUGUUCAUCACUGGGGAAGCUGGGUGUGGCAAGAGUACGUUUAUUAAGUCGACCGUGGAUCGCUCAAAGGCUCGCUAUUCGCGAGGGGCAAAGGUCCUAUUCUUCAGCAUUGAGCCAUCCCUGCGUGGGCGUCGGACUUCUACCGACCUCGUCAAGAGCCUUCUGCUUCAACUGUUUGACCGGAGCGUCGGUGACGCUUCCUUCUUCAAGUCCCUCCACGAUGUGUACUUCAACCGUGGGGAUGACGAGGAAAGGCGCCUAUGGUCGAUCUUGCAGCAGCAGGCUUUCAGGUUAAUGACCAAGAGUCCGGGCGAAGAGCUACUGCUCGUCAUCGACGGGCUAGACAAAAUUGAAGGUGACAAAGUUCAAGUACGUACUUUGCUGCACGAUGUGGUCAAGAAACAUCAGUCUCAUCGCUGCAUCAUUUUUUCUCGCCCUGUCUUCGAUGGAAACCACAGCCCCGACUGCGUUCACUACGAGAUCACUUCCAAUGUGCUCAGAGAUGACAUCCGCUACUUAGUGAAGACACGUAUCGAGAAGAUUUCCUGGUUGAGAAACAAUGUUGGGUUCAUCCAGCUGGUGACAGAGCGAGCUCUUCAAUUAGGCUCCUUGAUCACGGCCCAUCUCCUCGUCAGUUUGUUAGAGUCCCAGGAGAGCUACCGAGAAGCCAUCAUCGUCUUGAAGUCGAUUCCCACUACGCCUCUCGGUUUGAUUGAUUUCAUGAUCAUGCGGGUGAAUUUUGAAGAGCCCCUGGUUAAGAACCUCCUCACUUGGCUGCUCGUUUCUGAACGCGUCAUGGCACAGGGUGAAAUCGAAACUAUGCUUGACCCGCGGUUUAUAGCUGGAUCAUUCAAUAUCCAUGCCAGCGAGUUUCUCCAUACAUCAUGUGCCUCUCUGAUCGAGAUUCAAGAAGGGCUGGUGCAGUUCAUUCAUCCUCUGAUCAAGGAGCGUUUCCUUCAACUGGGUCGGGAAUCGAUUAUCCCACUUAGCCCACGGUCGGCUCAUCAGGUUGCUCUCUGGCGCUGCUUGGAAUAUAUCAAGCAUCGAUUACCCGAUAUUCCCGAGAUAAAUCUUACAUUGGCCGAGCCAGAUAUUCGGGAUCAGCAAAUAUCUCAUGUUUCCAAUGAUACCCUUCUCGAGUACUCAAUUCUACAUUAUAUGAAACACUACGAUGAAGGCCGCUGGGAGACAACUUCUGAUUUCCGCCGUGCAUAUCUUGAUUCACCCCUACUAGCACAAUGCGAGCGUUACUACUGGGGAUUAAACUUCGAUGGAGCCAUCCUCGAGCAGAGGCAUUUCCUUGCUCUUAAUUUCCGUCGAGCAGUGUUUGGGGGACGCAGUCUCUCUAUCGUGCAAAAUCUUAUCACACUGUCUACGCUCUACCAGACUCCUGAACACCGUGGGAGAACUUUGGCCUAUCUUAAUGAGGCAUGGAGUCUAGCAAUCAAGUUGAUGGGCCGCGAUGCGUCAAUCUGCCGGGACCUCGCCUUGAAAUACAGCGAGAUUUACAUUGGUGGUCCCGGAAUAAAGGUUGAUGUGGAUCCCUCCGAGGAACUGCUUGAGUUCGUCUGGGACGUUGAACGGACAAGGUUUGGCCCAAUGAGCGAACAAGCUAUCGUCCAGGUGAACAUUCUUAUCAUGCUUUACAAAUCCAAGGAGAGGCACGAUCAAGUGGCAAGCCUGCAGUACCACUUGUAUGAGAUGUCUGCUCAGGCAUAUGGUAGAUCUGACAACCGGACCAUAAGCUACGCCAGUAGUCUUGUCGAUGUGCUGAUUGCUCUCGGCAACUACCACGAGGCCAGUAUAGUAUGCAAAGAUCUAUUUCAAGCCAUGGGUGACGAUGUCAGUGGCUGGGAUUCAUGUCGACGUGAGAUAUUCUUCCGCUUAAUCGACUGCUACGAGAGUCAGGGACAGCAUAUCCAAGCUCAAGAAGUUCUUCGCAGCUCAUGGGAGAAGCAAGAUAAGGUCUGCUUUACUAGUGGAAGUCUAGAAGCGCGUUUAACUUUUGUCCAAACGACUACGCGGUUGGGGAGAUUGCUCAUAAAUGAUGCCAAACUCAACGAAGCCAGCGAUAUCGUGACUGAGCUCUACGAGGUCCUCAAGAGAGACUCAUCUUUCUUUGACCAGGAUACACUACAUGAGCUCCUGUCUCUCAUUGACUCCUAUAUCCAGAAUGGUCUCUUUUCCCCGGUCAAUCCAAUUCUUGUUGAAUUAAGAUCGAUCUGUUGUGUUGACCUGACCCGGGAGACUUCCAUCAUGGCAACUCGAGUAAGCAUCUUAUUGUCGAAGUGUUACCGACAUAAUGGACGUCAUGCAGAGGCGAGAACUUUCGUUGAAGAGCUAUUUCGUCGAUUCGUAGCCAUGGAAAUUCUCGACAAGUACUGGAUCGAUGUGGCUACAGAACUCGUUGACAUUGAUAAAGGACUGGAUGAUGGGUUCAAUGCCAUGCUAACCUGCCAAACUGUGCUUCAGGUCAUCUGGCCCAGCCUGCUCAUCCGGGACCAGUACAAUCUCACAGUUCCCAUAGAGAACACGGAGAGUGCGAUCAGAAUGGCUCUGGUGUUCGCUAAUCUAGUUGUCACCCAAAAGCCCUUGCCUGAGGCAGAAGACAUUCUGCGGUUCAUCUUUCAAUCGUUCCGCGACUCUGACAACGUGAAGGAUGGCUAUAUCUUCGAAGUAGUGGACUUGUAUACUGAAGUUCUUCACAGAACAGGACGAGUCCACGAGGCGAUCAGCGUUUUGCAGGAACUUCGCUCCAGGUUUCGCGAGAACUACGGGACACGCGAUCAGUACAACUGCAUUUCGUCCAAGCUGAUAACUCUGUUCCAAAUGACAGACAUCCAAAAUGUGUCCGAAAGCAUUCUAAUUCAAUUCAUAGAAAGCUUUGAGGAUGGCGAGGGAAUCAGCCAGUCAACCUACAUCGACGCCGUGCUGGUUCUGAUCAAAUUUUACGAAGCGCACGGAAGAUCCGCCGAAUUGCGUUCCUGGUAUGGGCGAAUCUGGAACUUUAUCACCCUUUAUCACCGUUCUGGUCAUUCCGGCGAUAUCACUGAAAAGCAAAUAUUCGAGGCCCUCCACGGGUACUCCACCUUCCUCCUUUCUCGCAAUCAGCCCGCGGAGGCUAUCAGAAUCAACCAACACUUACGCACGUUCAUAUCCCGCGGCAGCACUUGGGCAAUCGUUGCAGACUAUGAAUUGGCCAAAUGCUUCGAGCAAACCCAAGAUUAUUCGGCUGCGGUGAAUAUCUACGAGGAUGUUUGCAGAACUGGCGACGAGAUAUCUGACGCGGAGGAGAUUAUAAACAUUACACAGUGCGCCACUGACCGGCUUUUGUGUCUCUACGCCCGAGAUAGCAAUCUCAUCAGAAAAGCUGAGGAGAUGCUGCACCAGAGAUGGGAAACAACCAGGCGUAUCCAGGGAAUAUCCCACUCGAAAACAGAUGCUUGCUUCCAGAAAAUUGCAGACUUCCAUUUCCAAGAGCAUUUUACUGACAAAUCUCUAACGUGGAUGGAAGAGUAUGUUGUCCAGAUUAUGAUCGAGGAGAACGACGAGAAACGUCUCCUGAACUGGGCCUCAAAGUUCUAUGAUGCAUAUUAUCGUUUCAAUGUCGUUGAUCCUGGGUUGAAGCUGGUGCGCGACCUGCGCGUCGCGCGUGCAUUCGUGAGUAACUCUGCCAAUGACUUCGUUCAACGUAUUGGCCAGUCCAGAAUCUUACUCAUCGAUCGUCGGUCAUUCGUUUUGGUCAAUGCCUUGGAGAAGCUCCUGAAGGGUGAGCCCCAGCCUCUUGUGCUUCACGAUAUCAUGCAGGAGGUUUUGAGGGAGAGUGCGCUUUAUGAGUCCUGGUCGACUGCCAAGCAUAUGCAAAUUCCCCUAGAGACUCGUUUGGUCAUCAGUUCUCGCCUCAUGGCCUUUCUCAAAGAGCAGGGGCGCUUGUGGGAGCAGAAGGCUGUGGUUGAGGAAACACUGACGCUAUUUCAAUCGUACACUCAGUCCAAUUCUUCCCUGUCUGAACUCGUGCGACCAUUCCUGGAGGAAUGGCUUGGGGAACUUCACAGAGGAAAUUCGUCUGUUUCGUUUCUCUCCUCUCUCACCGGAAUAUGCAUCGACCUUAACCGCAAACAGCAUUAUGCAGACUGCCUCGUCUUCACCAAAUGGGCCUAUGAUUGCUUGAAGCUGCGCUCUUGGGGCUCGCAGACCAGGGAAUUCUCUCGCAUUGGUUUCAGUCUCGUGCGAGAGAUCCAAAUGGGAACUCCAGCAACUAGUGACCUCAAUCAAGCGGAGAUGAAGAGUAUUGCGGACAAAAUCAUCGUCGCAUUGAUCUACCCUGGAGGAAAGCCCGAGAGCGGGGGCCGAAUCAACAUUGCCGACCUUCAGUUGAACGAAAUCAAUAUUCUGAUUCGAAUCCUCAUUGAAAAGCGUCAGCUGAGCGCCCUGGAAGAAAUCUUCCAAUCCCUUUGGGAUGCUCGAGUCUGCCUUGACGACUGGCACCUGGGCACCACCAUCUCCAUCGGCCUGCGUCUCUGUAAAGUGAAGUUCGCGCGUCAGCGUUCUGACGAGGCCCAGGAACUCGUCACCGACAUCUUGUACAACCUUCUCGAUGUGUAUGGAGAGGAAUCCUUGAAUCCGCUCAUCGUUCAGUGCAAGAACCUGUACGCCAGCUUCCUCCGAGCAGAAGGCGACUACAGUAAUGCCUUUGAGGUCCAUUGGGAGUUGCUGGAGAAGGCAGUAGGCGCAUAUUCCCACUCUGAGACGCCGUCGCGGCAGGACACCGAUACUCAGAACUGGGGGGCGACCGUGCCGGAGACGAAAAGCGAUGUAAUGUUUGAGCAGCUCCGCUUCCUGAAGUCCACCUAUGAAUUGAACGGGGGCUGGGAAGGCCUGGGGGAAGAAUACUACAUGCCUUUGUUGGAAGCGGCAUAUGAUUUGGGGGCCCGUUCCACAGCGCCAGAACGUUGGAAGUCCGUCGUCCAGGAACCAUCCACAUGGGUACCGAGGCAGACAGAGGAGUCCAUUGCAGAGAACGUGCUCGGCCGUCCGGAGCAGCCCGACAACUGGACGAUUCCUGAAACUAUGGAAGGAGAUCCACUGCCAUCGACUCGGAAUCAUGGACAUGAUGGGGAUUAUUACGGGGGGAAUGCGCUGUGAUGAUGCUUUUUGGCCAUCCUGAUGCAAACGGAAGAAGAUUUGAGAGACGAGCAAUGUCGAAAGACCCUUUUUAUUUCCCUAUGUUUCUAUGUGUACAUACCCCUUG